AUUACCACGUAUACCAAACAAAUAUUUUUAGAUGGAAGUGUAAAUAUACCAUCAAGACCCAAACGUAGAGUAUAUCCACAACCUCUGCAGAAUUAAUGACGUUUAUUUAAAUACUUAUAAUGAGUCCCUGAAAGAUAAUAAAAGCUUGCUUAGUAUUUUGUGGUCUCUUAACAUAGCUUUCUAGUUCCUUAGUAGGCACAGGUAUAUAUGAUACAAAAGGCCUAUCAAAUCGAAACUGUUAUCACGAUUUCACUUCACAUGCGAUUGAUGCAGAGCUAUGUCACAAACGAAAGUAAUAUAAAUUUUUAUGUGCGUAUACGCACAUGCAAACAUUGAGGAAUCCAUCUACACAUACGUACACGCAUUCACGUGCACGCACCCCCCCUCACAUACAUAUACACACAGAGUAAUGAUAGAUAGGUUUCCGUCAGAGCACCCUGUAUAUAUUGUGUUGAGUAACAUACGGUAAGCUCGAGAAAUCAUACAUAGUCGAUAGAACAGGCAUUAUGAUGUCAGUAAAGUCAAGGUCCCGUCUUUUUUUGUGUCUUCGACUGCUCUAAGCCAGCAAGUACCCAUUCACAUCAUUAAUAUAAAUGGCUGUAGCAUCAGAAAACUUCCUUUGGCUGCCACCGGGAGACUGAAUUGAUGGAAGAAGAAAACAUUCUAUUGUUGCUCAAAGGAACAGUUUAUUUAAACAUUACUUAGCUAUCUGAAGUGAUAUAAAGUAGUUUCUGUGAAAAUGCCGUCUCUGCAUUAUAUUUCACAUGCUGUUGCUCUUGCAUUGAUUGCAAUGCUGAUCAGAAAAUACAUAGAACUGAAGAUUUACCAUGAUGAUGUCAUGUCUUCAUGUUACUUUUCUGAAGCAAACCAUGAAAAUUCAGAAGUAGAAAAUGAAAUUGAACAUGAAACACCUCCAAAAGCUCCUGUGCCAACUUCUGAUGACCCUAGAUUUCUAACACCAGAGUAUUUGAAUCAGAAACUAUUUUCUGAUGGCUCAUCUGUAACCUGUAAUCCUACAGACCAUGCUGCUCAACGGACUUGCCAUUUUGUCAACCUGUGUUAUUUUGCUGAAAGAGACAGUUACUUGUUUUUUCACAGUGAUAAAAGUAUACUCGAAAAUAUUCCUGUUAAUCGAUACUCUCCAACUUUAGUUGAAUUAUCUUCAGUUACAAACCAUACUUACAAUCAUUUUAAUUAUAUUGACAUGCCUGUAAGUGCUUCUAGAUUGUUCCACAUAAAAUGGGUGACAACUUCCAGUUUGAUUAUAAGAAGAUUUAAACCUGACAAUCUUAUGCAUGUCAUUCACGAUGAUAUUCUACCUCUCUUUCAGACUCUCAGACAUUUUAAUCUUGCUGCCAAUACUUCAGACCGCUUUCAUUAUAGAUUAAUAUUUGAUGAUGAGUGGGGAGAAGGUCCUUUCUUAAAACUCUAUGAUAUUCUCUCAGUGUAUCAACCGAUUUUUAAGUCUAUGCUUCGUGAAGCCCCAGGAUUGACUUGUUUUCAUCAAGCCUAUGUUGGUUUAGUAAAAUCUACUGCAUGGUAUGAUUAUGGCUUUUAUAAGCCACAAGGUCCUCUUCCUGAAAGAAAGGUGAGCAGUAUUGAAAUUAACAGCUUAUUGGAGUAUACACGGAGAGAAUUAGGUCUAAGCAUCAAUACUGAUAAUUCAGAUUAUUUAGUUCUCGUAUCAAGGAAAUCAACAAGGCUUAUCUUGAAUGAAAUUGAAUUAAGCUUAGCUUUGUCACGUGAGGUCCGUACUAAAGUGAUUCAUUUAAGUCAAGAACAGUAUACAAUUGAACAGAUGAUUGAAGUUGUGUCUAAUUCUAUAGGAAUAAUUGGAAUGCAUGGAUCAUUAUUAACUCUUGCUAUGUAUUUACCUGCUGGUAGUAUUUUAAUAGAACUGUUCCCAUAUGCUGUAAAUCCUGAUCAUUAUUCUCCAUAUAAAACACUGGUUUCUUUGCCUGGAAUGAACAUUCUGUACAGAGCAUGGCGUAAUAUGGAACAAAAGAAAUCAUUUGGUCAUUUAACUAUGGGAAAUAUUGAAUAUCUUCCUCAUGAUGAACAACAAAGAAUUAUUUUUCAAAUGGAAGUGCCAAGACAUAUUUGUUGUAAUGAUCCAUCAUGGCUUUACCAUAUUUACCAAGACACUGAAGUUGAUAUUGAAACUAUAAUCUCCUUGACAAAAGAAGCUAUUUUGGCCACAAAAACUGAAAAUAAUCGGGCCGUGGAUAAAAUAGCUACAAACUUUGUCAUACCUGAUAAAGUUACACAUGAUAGUUGCAAAACUAUGGUUGAUGGCUCCAAGCAGAUAAUUAUUUAUUGGGAAAUUCCUUGGAACUUACAGUUUUUCAACUAUGAAAUAGUUGAAUAUGAAGUGUUGUUGCAAUACACCAAAAGUCCUGAAAAAUCUACAAUUUUUAGAGUUUCGGCCAGCUCCAUAACACUAGAACCAUCAGACAGUUUUUACAUUGUGUGGGUUCGCUGUUGCUUGGAUGAGAUUCAUAUAGGACCAUUUAAGCAAAUUGCUUGUGUUGAAUGAUUUGUUAUGCUUGGCAAUAAUUGAUAAUAUUCAAAUUAUGCUGGGGUCAACUUUGCCUCUCAUCCUUCCAGGGUAGAUUAAAAUAUAACAUCAGUCAAGUUCUGGUCUUGAUAUAAUUGACUAAAUCCUCCCCAAAAUUUGAGGCCUUGUGCCUGUAUAAGAAAAAAAAAUCAAUGAUUGAUAUUUGAUGAAGUCAGUUCUCUAUUUAUUUUAGAAGGGUUAUUUUCUUGAACUUAACUCUUAUUCCAAAGUAUUCAUGUUGUAAAUAAUUUGUCAGACAUAAAUAAAUAAAUUCUAGUUUACAGUCAUUAUCUAAGUAUAAAAGCCUCUUUCCUUCUGAAAAGAGGAACAUACCACUUAAAUACUUUUUUGUUUUUAGUCUGAAAAAUGUAUUUUCUUGUGUCAGCCAAUAUUUUAAUGAUUCAUCCACUUCUCUCUCAUUUCUGCCUCUCAAUUACACACUAUACAUGCACACACAUACUUAUGACAGACAGAUAUGAACCAGGAGUCAUUCAGACUCAAGACUGGAUUGGACUUCAAGAAUAAAAUUGUAUAUGUCAUUAACUUAAAAUGAUUCAUUACACUUGG